AUGGAUCAUCGCACGACGUCGUUUUCGCUUCUCCUCUUGGUCUCUGCCUUCUCCAUUCUUGAGAUUUCAUUUGCUCAAGACGCUCCAACGACUCUUGUUCCUGCAAUCAUUACAUUCGGAGACUCUGUAGUUGAUGUUGGAAACAACAACUAUCUUCCGACCAUAUUCAGAGCUGAUUACCCUCCUUAUGGCCGUGAUUUUUCUGGCCACAAACCCACCGGCCGUUUCUGCAACGGAAAAUUAGCAACCGACUUUACCGCUGAGACUUUAGGCUUCACUAAGUACCCACCAGCUUAUCUAAGUCCCGAAGCUUCAGGUAAGAACCUUCUCAUUGGUGCUAACUUCGCUUCUGCAGCUUCAGGUUACGAUGACAAAGCCGCUCUUCUCAAUCAUGCGAUCCCGUUGUAUCAGCAAGUUGAGUACUUUAAGGAAUACAAGAGCAAGCUCAUAAAAGUUGCAGGAAGCAAACAAUCUGACUCGAUCAUAAAGGGAGCGAUCUAUCUCUUAAGUGCAGGAAGCAGUGACUUCGUUCAAAAUUAUUAUGUGAAUCCUUUUCUUUUCAAAGUCUACACUCCUGAUCAGUACGGAUCUAUGCUUAUCGAUAACUUCUCUACAUUUAUCAAGCAAGUGUAUGCGGUUGGAGCAAGGAAGAUCGGUGUGACUUCUCUGCCUCCAACGGGAUGUCUUCCAGCUGCAAGAACUCUUUUCGGUUUCCAUGGAAAAGGCUGUGUCUCAAGACUCAACACAGAUGCUCAACAAUUCAACAAGAAGCUUAACGCAGCUGCUUCAAAGCUUCAGAAGCAAUACUCUGGUCUUACCAUUGUUGUCUUCGACAUAUUCACCCCACUCUAUGAUCUUGUUCAGUCCCCUGCCAGUUCCGCUGCCAAUCAGAUUCUUGCCACUUCUUUAAUUGGACAGGGCUUCUCUCUCAUCGGCGGUUGA